GACGCUGUAAUUGGGUUCGAAUUCUCUGGUCGCCUGUCAAACGGCCGCCGUGUCAUGGGAAUGAGAAUGGGAGGUUGUGUGACUACGGAGAUAAUAGUUCCUGAUUUUUUCUUAUGGGAUGUACCUGAUGAAAUGACUCUCCUUGAGGCCUCCACCAUACCUGCUGCUUAUGGAACGAAGUUUGUAGUUGGUUCCGUUGUUAUGUGGUACACAGCAUGUGGAGCGCUCUCUUGGGCAUCGAGCGAGACCGGGGGCUUCACGCUGCUAGGCUUACUCGUACGGAAGCCUUCUUGGCGCUGGAGGCGGACCGGCGCGGCUCGAGGCCAGGCUGGGCGAGCACGAGGCCCACGUGUGGGCGUCCUGGACUCGGCACCGUAUCGCAACUUGCGCGCCCAUGACCAAGAUGUCGAUGGCGGCACGCCGACAUUCGCGAGCGAAAUGGUUGCCAACAAGUGA